GCUUGUUUAUUUCUCUUCCAAACUCACCAGUCUGCAGGUACUGUGAUUUUGUUUAGGGGCAAUGAGAAAGUUACAUCAUGUACUCUAACUUGCAGAAACAAAUAAUAUAUAUAGAGAAACAUUCAAAUGCUGCUGUACCUUAAUCCCAAGCAUAAUUUUAAAAAAAGCUUUAGGGUUUAAAAACAACUGUUUCUAGGGAAUCCUUUGAAGAGUUGAUACCCUGACUAACAAGAAGAGUGUUGCUGAAGUUCGUCUGUGACAUUAUUGGAGUAAACAUCAUUCUUUUAACUGAGAGAUAUUAAUUGGGCACGGUCCAAGAAUAAAUUAGACUUUGCCUUUGUUGAAUUCAAAAUAUUUCAAUCCUUCGCAUUUUUAAAGAGGAUCCACUUUUCAAUUUACAUUAGUCUUAUGUACUUUUAUUUGUUAGUGCAGAAAUUCUCAAACCUGAAUUACCUUGAGACCUGCUCUGCAAAAUGUGCUAGAGUGAUCAAGGUCUAACUGGAGAGACUUAAAUUUAAAAUUUCCAUGAAUGGGGGGGGUCUGUUAAAGUGGGUUUGCAUGUGCACUGUAUGUAUGAGAACUAUCCCAUGUGUGUAUAGCACGAACAAGGUUCUCUCCCAGAGCAAAAAACUAUGAAUUUAAGAACAUAUGAGUUUACCAAAUGCAAAUCUAGUCAAAUUUCCUUGUUACUUUAUUAAAAAUAUAAUUUUUAAGUAAAUAUUUAAGUAAAAUAGGGGGUUUACUUUAUUCAAAUACAGAUAUAAUUAUAGCAAAAGAAUUAAAAACUAAAACAUACUAUAUUUUUAUCCAGUGACUCAGGUUGCUGAUUAAGCUAUCAUUGGAGGAGGUAUUGGAUAAGGGAGGAGAGAAUCUUAUCCAGUGCAACAAAUGUAUGUCAUGGUAAACUGGCCGGAUUCUAACUUUUGUUCCAAAAUCUGUUUAUGGCCAGAACUGUGUCACAUUUAACUUCUGACAGAAUAGCUGUUUACUUCUUUCAGCCUUCAGGAUAAGCCUUAAAACCUGCCUAUGCCAACUGGCAUGGGGUCUGCCUCUCCUUUCCAAACCCUUCUUGUUUAAGCUUGUUUCCAUUUUUGUAACUUUAAUUCAUUUUUAUAUUUAUAAUUGUGGAUUUUGCUUUAUCUAAAUGUAAGCCGCAAAGAGUUGCCUGAACCAUGGGGAGAUAAAUUUAAUUAAUUAUAUAACUAAUGUACCGUAUUUUUCACACUAUAAGUCACACCUGGCCAUAGGACGCACACAGGUUUAGGGGAGGAAAAUAAGAAAAAAAAUCAGGCGGAGUCUGAGAGGACCACAGAUAGGUGUCCUCAUGUGCCAGCUCUGCCUAUUGACUCCUGCACUGCAGAAAAGAGCCAUAGGAGGCGGGCAAUGAUAAAGACAGAAGAGGUGGGGUUUAACACUGUAAAAGGACCCUGCUGCCACAGCCCGGCUGCUCUUCACCAAAGGCACCAAUGCACAGACAUUUCCACCCACUUUUGAGGGGGAGAAAGUGUGUCUUAUGGAGUGAAAAAUAUGGUAAUUAAUUAAUACCUGAUUGCUCUAUCUUUCUGUUAAACUCUCUAUCUGGCAAAUUUGUCCAUCUUUGAUUGCUGCCAUUUCUGUUUCCUAUUUUCUGUUGGGUGGGUUUUUAGGUCCCCAUUAGGCAUUGUGAAAUACUUUGUCCCUGCAAACAUGCUCCUAGUCAAACGUGGUUUGCAAUAUUAUUAAUUUUCCAAUGAGCCGUAGGUGGUUCAAUUAACCUAAUUAUGCAGACUGGAAGGAAAAUUGUUGACAAAUCUUGUAUUUGUUGUUGCAGUGCAUAGUUCUGAAGGUGUGAUAUGAAAUAAAUUGUGAUUGUGAAAACACACAUAAACCUAUUUAUCUUUACUUAGUCUUUCCUACAGGAAUCUACAAUCAUAGUUUUUUGAUAGUAUUCAAAGAAAAGGCCUAGCAAAAUGCCUCCACGACCAUCAUCCGGUGAAUUAUGGGGCAUGCACUUAAUGCCCCCCAAAAUCCUAGUAGAAUGUCUUCUACCUAACGGUAUGAUAGUGACUUUAGAAUGCCUCCGUGAGGCCACCUUGUUAAAUAUUAAACAUGAACUCUUUAAAGAAGCUAGAAAAUACCCUCUCUAUCAGCUCCUUCAAGACGAGUCAUCUUACAUUUUUGUAAGUGUUACCCAAGAAGCAGAAAGAGAAGAAUUCUUUGAUGAAACCCGGCGAUUGUGUGAUCUGCGACUCUUCCAGCCUUUUUUAAAAGUGAUAGAACCAGUGGGCAACAGAGAAGAAAAAAUUCUGAAUCGAGAAAUUGGUUUUGCUAUUGGCAUGCCCGUUUGUGAAUUUGACUUGGUAAAGGAUCCAGAAGUUCAGGAUUUCAGACGAAACAUUCUUAAUGUUUGCAAAGAAGCAGUAGAACUACGAGAUGCUAAUGCUCCCCAUAGUAGAGCCUUGUACGUCUGUCCCCCAAACAUAGAAUCAUCUGAUCUACCAAAGCAUAUAUACAAUAAACUUGAUAAAGGUCAAAUAAUAGUAGUGAUUUGGGUUAUAGUCUCCCCCAACAAUGACAAACAGAAGUACACCUUAAAAAUCAAUCACGAUUAUGUGCCAGAACAAGUAAUUGCUGAAGCAAUCAGGAAAAAAACACGUAGUAUGUUGCUAUCGUCAGAACAGCUGAAACUCUGUGUGCUGGAGUACCAGGGGAAGUAUAUUUUAAAAGUCUGUGGCUGUGACGAGUAUUUGUUAGAAAAACAUCCACUGAGUCAGUAUAAGUAUAUUCGGAGCUGUAUCAUGCUUGGCCGAAUGCCGAAUUUGAUGCUGAUGACUAAAGAGAGUCUCUACGCCCAACUGCCAUUGGAUACGUUUGCAAUGCCGUCUUAUUCUAGGCGUAUAUCUACAGCUACUCCUUACAUGAAUGGGGAAGCUUCUGCCAAAUCUCUCUGGGCUAUUAACAGUCAUCUGAGAAUUAAGAUUCUCUGUGCUACUUAUGUAAAUGUAAAUAUUCGGGACAUUGACAAGAUUUAUGUCCGAACUGGUAUCUAUCAUGGAGGAGAGCCUUUAUGUGAUAAUGUAAAUACUCAAAGAGUACCUUGUUCCAAUCCCAGAUGGAAUGAAUGGCUGCAGUAUGAGAUGCUUGUACUUGAUCUUCCACGCGCUGCUCGGCUUUGCCUUUCUAUCUGCUCUGUUAAAGGCAGAAAGGGUGCAAAGGAGGAGCACUGCCCAUUGGCGUGGGGAAAUAUUAACAUGUUUGAUUACACAGACACUCUUGUUUCUGGCAAAAUGGCUCUGAAUCUGUGGCCUGUCCCCCAUGGGUUAGAAGACCUUCUUAAUCCUAUUGGAGUCACCGGAUCCAACCCAAAUAAGGAAACUCCUUGUUUGGAACUGGAAUUUGAUUGGUUUAGCAGUCCUGUCAAGUUUCCUGACAUGUCAGUAAUAGAAGAACAUGCCAACUGGAUUAUUUCUCGAGAACAAGGAUUUAAUUACAACCAUGCAGGGCUGAGUAACAGAAUAGCUAGAGAUAAUGAGUUAAGAGACAACGACAAAGAGCAGCUCCGGGCAAUCUGUACUAGAGACCCCUUAUCUGAAAUAACUGAACAAGAAAAAGACUUCCUUUGGAGCCACAGGCACUACUGUGUAUCUAUGCCAGAAAUCCUACCUAAACUUCUUUUGUCUGUUAAAUGGAAUUCCAGGGAUGAAGUAGCCCAGAUGUACUGCUUGAUAAAAGACUGGCCUCAAAUCAGGCCCGAGCAAGCAAUGGAGCUUCUGGACUGCAAUUAUCCAGAUCCAAUGAUGCGAGCCUUUGCAAUUCGGUGUUUGGAAAAAUACUUGACAGAUGACAAACUCUCUCAGUAUUUGAUUCAGCUGGUUCAGGUUCUGAAGUAUGAACAGUACUUGGAUAGCCUCUUGGUAAGAUUUUUACUCAAAAAGGCACUGACUAAUCAGAGAAUAGGACACUUCUUCUUUUGGCAUUUAAAGUCUGAAAUGCACAAUAAAAAUGUGAGCCAGAGAUUUGGUCUGCUCUUGGAUUCCUACUGCCGAGCUUGUGGAAUGUACCUAAAACAUUUGAGCCGACAAGUGGAAGCUAUGGAAAAAUUGAUUAACCUCACAGAUAUCCUGAAGCAGGAAAAAAAGGAUGAAACACAAAAGGUACAGAUGAAAUUCCUUGUGGAGCAAAUGAGGCGGCCGGACUUCAUGGAUGCUCUUCAAGGCUUCAUAUCUCCUCUUAAUCCUGCUCAUCAGCUUGGAACUCUGAGGCUUGAGGAAUGCAGGAUUAUGUCUUCUGCCAAAAGACCCUUAUGGCUUAAUUGGGAAAACCCAGAUAUUAUGUCUGAGCUGCUAUUUCAGAACAAUGAGAUCAUCUUUAAAAAUGGGGAUGACCUACGCCAGGAUAUGCUCACGCUUCAAAUAAUUCGAAUUAUGGAGAACAUCUGGCAAAAUCAAGGCCUUGAUCUUAGGAUGCUACCUUAUGGAUGCUUAUCUAUUGGUGACUGUGUGGGGCUUAUUGAAGUUGUGAGAAAUUCACAUACAAUCAUGCAGAUCCAGUGCAAGGGUGGCCUUAAAGGUGCGCUGCAAUUCAACAGCCACACCUUACACCAGUGGCUCAAAGACAAGAACAAAGGGGAAAUGUAUGAUCCAGCUAUCGAUUUGUUUACUCGCUCCUGUGCUGGCUAUUGUGUAGCUACUUUUAUAUUGGGAAUUGGUGAUCGUCAUAAUAGCAACAUUAUGGUAAAAGAUGAUGGGCAGCUAUUUCAUAUUGAUUUUGGGCACUUUUUGGAUCACAAAAAGAAGAAGUUUGGUUACAAACGGGAGCGCGUGCCAUUUGUCUUAACACAAGAUUUCUUGAUAGUGAUUAGUAAAGGAGCACAAGAAUGUACCAAAACAAGAGAAUUUGAAAGGUUCCAAGAAAUGUGUUACAAGGCCUACCUAGCGAUUCGACAACAUGCCAACCUCUUCAUAAAUCUCUUUUCCAUGAUGCUUGGUUCAGGGAUGCCAGAACUACAGUCUUUUGAUGACAUUGCGUAUAUACGCAAGACUCUUGCGUUGGACAAAACUGAACAAGAAGCACUUGAGUAUUUCAUGAAGCAGAUGAAUGAUGCUCAUCAUGGUGGUUGGACAACAAAAAUGGACUGGAUCUUCCACACAAUCAAGCAGCAUGCCUUGAACUAAAGAAAAGACAAUGAAAAACUGAUAAGCCUAGUUUUUUUGGCUGUUCCACUGCACUGUUGCCUCAACAGCUUAAAAAAAAGCCUUGUUGCAUCACAGUUGCACAAACCAAGGACAGGGUUUGAACUUCCAACAAGGUUAAAGAUGCAAAGUUAUUUAAAUAAAACAUUUGUAGUGUUUUGAACACUAUAAAUCAUGCAUUUCAACAUGUAACUUUCCUAUAUGUGUAGUUGUGUUAUUGCCUUAAGUGUAAGAAGGUAAACUUGGAGAUUUGUUCAACUUGGUUUAUUUAACUGGGGAUUUAUGCCAGCAUAACAGCCCAAUCUUUCACAUGUCCAGUCUUUCACAUAGUGGGAAAAAAAGGAUUCAGAUAAGUUACAGAAUAAUGAAAAGAAGGAAAGUUUAGCAAUUUUGUUCAUUGUUUCUAAAAGAGCUUUCUUCUCCCAUGAACUGUACUCAGUUAAAAAAAAAAAUAGAGGGGAUGGUGCCUUUAUAAUGUCAGAUAAAUUUGUGGAUUUAAGAGUAGUGGUUUUUCUUAGGUUUUGGAGUUUGGAUUUUAUUUUAUUUUUUCUAACCUAAACCUCAAAACAUUUUCCCGCAUGCUUUCCAGAGCCUAAAAAAAAAGAGGUGAGUUAUUAGAAUUAAAAAUUAUUUUUAUAAAGGUUAUUUAUAUAACAGAAACUUAUUAAUAUAUAUGUAUAUAUAUAUAUAUAUUUCUUUAUGUUGAUUUUCUGUCAUUUUAAUUUUACAGACCACUUCUUUGUCUAACAGAUUUAUAUAAACCACUAGACUGAUGCAGUGACUUGUAGGAUCAGAGUUAAAGAAUACUGUGCUGUUCCUGGCAUGAUUUCUCUGUAUGUAGCAAAUUCUGACUUCUAACCAGCUCAAAUGCAGAACUAUGGGCACUGCAGAACAUAUUUUUACUACAUCCGGGGAUUUGUUCAGCACUUGCUGAGUAGAUUUUGAGACCUCUCUGUGGCAAGUUGAGCAAAGCUGGAUAUGUAUGCCUACAGUUCAUAUAUUCAGAAGGCUGCUUAGGUUCGGCAGCUGUACAGAGUCUGUACUGGCAUUAGGAUGAGGUCAGGGCCUGCAAUUCCUUGUCUGCGCCGUCACAAAGGGGAAGGGGGAAAUCUUUUGAAACUGGUAACACUUGCUUCCAAAUAAAUACGACUUGCGAUCAGAA